GGUAACAUAAGUUCAGGAAACAUAACACUUUGAGACCAACUGACAGACAAACUGAAAAGAGGAAACUGCAAUAACUUUACAACUGACAACUGAACUCAGCAUCAAAAACCAACACGAUGAGGAGCUUUCUUCUUCUCAUCCUCUCCCUGACGACAGGCUGUGAGGCCUCGGCUGAAGUACGGGGAUGCCCAGGGGGGUGGGUUCAAUUCACCUGCACGUAUCCUGACACAAAUGGACAAUAUGAAAUCAAAGUUUCUACUGCCAAAAGAACCAUAACAAGCACUAAAAAGGAUAUGUGGGAAACCAACGGGAGACUUUCCCUGUACCAUGAUACAAAAAAUAAAAAUCUCAGAGUCAUCAAACAACUGACACAAGAGGACUUUGGGGAUUACAAGUCUAUAUCUCAAAGAUCUAAGUCACCAUUCGAAACAAACCUGGAACUGGAAGUUGAGGAUAAAAGCUGUCAGAAGCCAUUUGAUCAAACUGCGUAUGAAGCAGCUAAAACCACCAUCACAUGUGAUUCAACAGAAGAUGACAAGUUUUUCUGUAAAGAGAAAGGUGACAUCUGUGAGGAAAUUUUAUCAACAGCUUCUCUAAUGUCAAAUGGAAGGUUCAAUCUCACAGUCAAGGAAAACAGCUUCAACUUGUCCAUUAGUAAUGUGUCCUCACAGGAUGCUGGAGUCUACUGGUGUGGAGUGAAAUCAAGAGACCCAAAUUACAGUUUUACAUACAGAAAAAUAAAACUGGAGGUUAAAAACAUUACUACCUUCACAAGAUCCCUAACUGCUGGACAGAAUCACACGUACUGGUGUGCUUACCCAAAAGAUUCUACCAUUAAGAAAUUCAUUUGUAAGGGAGAAGAUCCAUCUGUAUGUCAACGUGUAGCAAGCACCGCAAACCCCAGCAGGAGCACAGGAAAGUUUUCUAUGAUUGAUGGCAAAAAAAAGAGAAAUAUUACCAUAACAGUGAGAGAUCUAACAACAGACAACACUGGGACAUACUGGUGUGGAGCAGAAAGCACCGAUAAACGACGUAGCAACCAGUUCUUCCACAGAUUCUCCAUGAUUGUAGCACCACCCACAUCUCCUAUUCCAUCCACUACAGCACCGGCUGAGAGUCAUGGACGUUCUGAGGCAGUCAUUGCUGUGAUCAUCUGUGUAGCUGUGCUGCUGAUGCUGAUGCUGAUUUUGAUUCUUAUCUACAAACGAUUUUCACAUUCAAAAAACACCACAAACAGAGCAGCAGCACAGCACACCAGAGAGGAUAAUGUCUAUGAGGACAUCCAGGAGAACCUCCAGAAGCCUGACACAGGAAAUGCCAUGAGUACGAUUUAUGCCCAUGCAAACCUUUACACAAACCCCUCUUCCUCCCUGCUUUACUCUUCCAUCAGCUUUCAAAAAGCUGGUGGUGAGGCACUGAUGUCCGACCCCUCCUCCUCUGCCUGCGAAUACUCUACUCUGAAGUUCAUUUAAGGUCCAACCUACUCUACUAUCAUUCAACUAUCCAGAUCUGCAGAGGAUCCUCACUAUGGAACAUUCAACAAGACACAGCAGCAAUGAGGAAAGAUCAGCCCUGUCAGUAAUAUGUGAAAUCUAUAGCAUCUGUGGCCAAGACUUCAGGUCAUUCAUCUCUGACAUGGUUGUUUACAGUGAAAUGCAGCUCAGACUUAAAUCCCAGUGACUCACAGGACUGAUCAUUCACACCAGGUUUUGUGACUUGAAUAUUUGAUUUGAAUAUUCUAUCAAAAGGUUGAAGGAGAAGCUGCUACUGAUGACUCAACUAAGUGACUGCAAGUUUACGGGCCGUUAUUAGAGCACAGACUGCUACUGCAUUGUUAAUAUAGUGUUAAAAUAUAUCUUCAGAGUGUUUGUUUUAGAGUUUGCUCCAAAUACCUAAAAAAAUAAAUCUGUUUAAUGAGCUGGCAACAUUCUUUCAUGCUCUACUGUAACAGGUUCAUCACAUCAGUAUCACAAAUCUGCAUCAAAGUCUUCCUUUUUUCAACACCACAGCUAAAACCUCAUCCUGCCAAGUCAUAGCACCUAACACAUCUUGAAACAUGUUGUGAUAUUCUGUGCUGCAUAUAAAUGUAUUUUCAUUUCCUUCCUAAAUAAAAGACAGAGGUGACUUUGUUUUUCUUGUUGGUUAGAAAAGCAAAACGCUUGCAUGAUGAUUUAAACUAAGGACCGUAACAUAGCUAUCACUAGUUCUCAUGACAAAUCCAUCAGAAUAGCAGCAGGUGUGCACAAGACUCCACGGAGAUGUUCAGAGGAUUCUGCAUUUUGAUAACUGUCAAAAAUCCCAUGAAAGAACACUGAAAAUCUCCUUCUGUUGUCGUACUGUACCGAGAACCUGAUGCUUCUUCUUCCUCCGUGUCACUGAGCUCCACUGUUGCUCAAAAACUAUUAACACACACUGUUGCACUGGUUCACAUGUACUGAUCCCCAAAACCAGACACUCAGCUGUGAGUGACAUGGUCAAACCAAGUCCAAAAAACACACUCUUCUGUUUCACUGUGGCGUCACC